CCGCCGCUCCGCAUCGCACCCAUGUUGGACGUGCGGGGAUGUUGGACGGGGCGCCUCCCAGCCGCCGGAGCGCCAGCGAAUGCGUCGCCUCCUCCGGUUGCGUGGAAACUGCACGGGCGAGCCUUGAGAACUGCCGCGGGAGCAUCUCCGGCGGCACCGCAAGUUUAAUCGGGUUGGCGGUGUCGGCGGCGGCGGCGGCGGGGGGGGGGACACAAAGGAUGCGCUGGAGCGUGACGAGGAGCGAGAGAGCGCCACGAACGCUCAGCGGUUUCCGGGGCGAUUGACUCAAAGCGGGCCCCGCACGACGAGAUGUCCAUCUCGGCCGACUACGUGGUCGCGGUUCUGCUGCUGCGCGGCCUGGUACUGGCGACGUUGUGCUUCCACUACGCCGCCGCCGCCUGCUCCAAACACUGCUACUGCUCCGAGAGCGACGGCGGCGCCAAGACGGUGCGCUGCAGCAAUCAGCGGCUGACCGAGGUCCCGCACGACAUCCCCAACGACACGCGGCGGGUCUACCUGGACUUCAACCUCCUGACUUCGAUCCCGGCCAACGCGUUCGCCGGCUUGUCUCACCUGGCGGAACUGGACCUCUCGCACAACAACAUAAGCCAGCUGCAGCCGGGCGCGUUCCGAGGCCUGAGCUCCUCGUUGCAGUUUCUCGACCUCUCCGUGAACAAGUUGGCCCACUUCAACGCCGACUCCUUCGAGGGCCUGCGGGCCCGGGCCAACCUGACCAACAAUCCCUGGCACUGCGACUGCAACCUGCAGAUGGCCUUGCCCCGCGUGGAACUGGAGCCCGUGUCGCUGACCGGCAUCGUGUGCCAGACCUCGGACCCGGAGGAGAUGAGCGUCCAGGGGCUGGCCUUCCUUUUGGAGCCGGAUAUUGACUUGUGCGUGGUGAUGAAGAGGACUACAGACGUGGCCAUGUUGGUGGUCAUGUUCGGCUGGUUCACCAUGGUCAUCUCUUACCUGGUCUACUACGUCAGGGCCAACCAGGAGGACGCCCGCAGACAUCUGGAGUACCUCAAGUCCUUGCCCAGCAGGCAAACCAAGUCGGAGGAGUCUUCCACCAUCAGUACCGUCGUUUAGCCCCUGGGCCCGACUUUUGCGGCAGAACACAAAAGCGCGGUCAGAACCAGCGCCCCAGCGCCGUUCGCUUGUCGGAAAUCUCUCCGAAAUAAACCCCAAGGCCCAACGGUAGGAACAUUGGCAGCGAGGGGAUCGCCCUACCCUUUGCCUACGAGUGGAAGAGCAUUUAACUAUUCUGCCUUUCACGAUAUGUCGCCGGCAUAGAUAGAUGGGAAAACACGCAUUAUUUGUAGUAAAUUAAUAAUCAUUUUCAGAUCAGUCGAGUGAAAAUGGAUAAUUGAAGUGGUUGGGAUAUGCUGACUAGGGUUUUUCUAAACCAGGGGUGUCAAACUCAUUUUUGUCACCGGCCACAUUUUACUUUGGGUUUCCCCUAAUUGUGACCGUGAAACUACAAAAAUCACAUUUACACAUGAAAUUUAUGAACCAGUUUUGGAAUCAGAAAUCAAGGAUAAUUUGUUUUCCAACUGUUGUUGUUUGGUAAACACAAAAACGCUUGCAAUAGCUCAACGUGAUCAUUUAUGACAUGACAAUUAGAAAUUUUGGGACAGAAUCUAAAAAAAAAAAAAUCAUGGAACUUGAUUGGGCCCGAUAAAAUCAUGCGGCGGGCCGGAUCUGGCCCCCCGGGCCUCGAGUUUGACACCUGCGUUCUAAACUAAACGACGCCCUCUCACCGAUUGAUUUAUCGACUUCUCUCGGAUUUUUCCCAAUCAACCGCAGCGUUUUACAUCGCGCAGACGCCACAAAUCAUUCGCCAUUCAACGUUUUCGAGUGAAAUUAAAAAAAAAAAAAAAACGGGAACAAUCUAGCGAGUGCAGCAAUGCAGAUUAGCUAAAAUGAUAAUCUCGGGAUUUCAUAAGUAAAUUAACGCUCUGUAUUCAAUUGAGAAAAACUAUUAGAAACUUCGCCUCUGGGUACGCACCCCCGUCUAGAUGGAGCCGCCUUUGCUUUCAAGUUUAAUGAGCUGUGCUAACUGAGCUAAUUGGUCGGUAAUACGUUUCUGCGCAUGAAAAUAAAAAAAUCAGGUUUGACGCAACGCCGGCCAGAUGAAUUAUUCAUCUCUCGGCGGCCCAUUAGCACUUCUAACCGGGACGCGGUUUGAUGAUUUUUUUAAAAAAAAUUUUUUUUUUUUAUUUAUUUUUUAAAUCGGCGAGUAAAAGCUGCGGAGCGUUUCGGGGUGAACUCGGGUUAUGAACGCGUCUUGAAGUAUUUCCCGACAGAUACGGCGUGACGAAACGGGACAGCAAUACAGAGUGGAGAUUCUCCC